AUGGGUAAAAGAGCAAAGCAAGAUCUUCCAUUACAUAAAGUCAUCAUGGUUGGGUCCGGUGGUGUUGGUAAAUCGGCUUUGACCUUACAAUAUAUGUAUGGUGACUUUGUUGAGGAGUAUGACCCAACGAAGGCAGAUUCUUAUCGCAAGAAGGUAUUGUUAGAUGGACAAGAAUGUCUAAUUGACAUUCUAGACACUGCUGGACAGGAAGAAUACGCUGCUGUAUCCUUCUAUUAUUUUCUCAGUAAUUUUUACCAUAUAAUACUUUGGACAGACAUCAAGCUUAGUUUGAUUAUAAUCCGCGAUAAUUAUUAUCGUUCAGGUGAAGGAUUCCUUUGUGUUUUCUCCAUUUGCGAACGAGAAUCAUUUGCACACACCCAGGACUUUCGAGAUCAAAUUCUAAGAGUACUUGAUGAUGAAAGCAUUCCAUUUAUCCUUGUUGGCAACAAAGCAGAUUUAGCACAAAAACGCAGAGUUUCUACUGAAGAAGCCAUUGCUAGAGCGCGUGAAUGGCAAUGCACAUAUUACGAGACAUCAGCCAAAACACGACAGAAUGUGGAUGAGGUUUACAACGAUUUAAUGAGAAAAAUAAAAAUACGUAAGGAUAACACAAGAGAGGGGGAGAUGAAAUAUUCGAUGGGGAAAGAGAAAAUAUCAGAAUAUCUUUGUUUUCAUGAAUUGGUGAUGUACUGCAACAAGCAAAGUUUAGAGCAGUUUAACAAAAAAGAUAAUUUCAUAGACUUGAACAAUGAAUUAGCUGUCACCACUACUUCUCAAGUUCAUCAUGGGGCCAAAACACACUUUGAAUUCAAAUUUUAA